UUGUAAUUUAAGCUUAUAAAUUUUUUCUUGACAUGAAUGCUGUUCAUUUUUCGCUUGCUGUUGUUUGCUUUGGAUAGUUAAAUAUUUCUUCCGAUUAUUAAAGAUAUAACUCUCCUCUGGAGGGUGAUGGUCUCUUUCAGUUCUUUUUAAUUAAGGAAUCUUCUCCGUUUUUAGAAGCAAGUCACCAUUCGCCGAUAAAUGGCCAAAUAAUCCUGGCAAUCUUGGCCAAUACCAGUAAAAAAGUGAAUGACAUUGACAUUGAAAUAAGACAAACAAUAAAUCAAAACAAACUGUUAGCCGCUAUGGAUGUAACAAAAAAGCUCUCUUGUCUUCAAGAAAUCUCAAAAGCACAAUUGUCGAAAAUAUUUUCGAUAAAUGCAGAUAGAAAAUAUUUAAUAAUCGAGCCAAGCUUAAUUAAACCACUAGAAAGAGUUUGUGGAGUGCGCUGGUUGAAAGCCAAUGGAGUUGAGAAAAUUUUCAAACUAGAGUCAGUUGCUCCCAGCUAUAAUGAUAAUGCAGUAUUCUACUUCAUCACUUCUGAAUUGAAAAUAUUUAAACAAGCAGUGGAUCAAAUCCGAUCUCAGGUUGAUAUUGUAAAUCCAGUGAAGAACAAAUUCCAUAUUGUGGCUGUACCACGACAACUCUUUGCAUUUGAAGAACAAUUAGAACAAUUAGGACUGUUAGAUAGUGCUGUCAGGUUACAUUCUUUCCAGUGGAUGCCCAUUCACUUGGAUACUGGUAUUCUCAGCUUAGAACUCCCCCUGCUUUACAGUUCCUUAUAUGUCUAUGAAAAUCUCUCGUUUUUGCCAGUUUUAUCAAAAAGUUUUUGGCAAUUGACUUUUGUCAUGGGAAAGCCCAAAGUGGUUUUGGCACUGGGUCAACAUUCAAACAGCCUUCUCAAGCAGUACGAUGACCUGUGUGAAAACAGAGGUGAUUCAGAUAGACUCGACUCAGAUUUUGGGGCUGUUAUAAUAGUAGAUCGAAAUAUGGAUUAUAUCAGCACUUUACUCACACCUGGUGUUUAUUCUAGCCUGUUAAGUGAAGUUUAUGAUGUAAAAGUUGGAACCUGUGAAAGUGCCAAAACAGAAGGAGCACGGGAAGACCAGGAGGUAAUUUUGGAUGAAAAGUUUAAUCCCAUGCCACUUAAACAAUCAGUGACUAUUAGUCUGAAUAGCAACCAAGAUUCAGUAUAUGCAGGCAUAAAAAAUCGGUACUUUACAGAAGUGACUUCUGUACUUAGCAAUCUAACAAAACAGUUAAAAUCUGAAAAACUAAAUUCCAGAGAAAUGGCUUUGGAUGAAAUCAAAAGGUAUGUACAGACUCAGCUGCAGGCGACAAAAUCAAGAAAGAAAUUUAUAGCAAAUCAUCUCCUUGCUGCUGAGAGCAUUAUAAAUGCAAUGGGCCAUCGCUACGAGACACUUAAAGAAGUUGAAUUAAAUGUAAUUAAAAACAGUAACAAAAACGCAAACUUGACCUUCUUGGAACAGAUUUUGGUAACUGAAAACGACAAAUUGGUAGCCUUAAGGUUAUUUUGUUUGAUAUCGAUCACACAGAAAUUGACGGAGGCUGAAACGAGAUCGUUUUGGCGUAAAUUUUUGCACCAGUUUGGAUUUAAUUAUGGGUUUGCUUUUAACAAUCUCGCUAGCGCCGGUUUUUUGGAUGAUUUUGGACAGAGCAGCACGACCAUAUCAAUCCCAGGAAAAAUCAAUCUUAAAAUUCCAAAGUUUGCUUCAAACAAUUUUUUUACAAACGCGAAAAAUUUGAAACAGAUACCGCCGGAUCCGGAUAAAAUCAAUUUGAAACAUCCCACUUGUGGCAGUUAUGUAUUCGGCGGUCUUUACAUACCUCUAAUUACGCAAAUUUCUGGGAUGUUGCUCAAUUCUAUUCCUCUAGAGGAUAUUAAAGCAAAAUUGGAGGUGCUGGGUCAUCCCUUGACGUUAAGAAACGAUAAAAACUAUCCACUCCUGAAUCGGACAAUUCUUGUCUAUGUGGUUGGCGGAGUUACAUAUGCCGAAGUUGCCUCUUGCAAUUUGUUAGAAACACUGACAGGCGCAAAAAUUUGCAUACUAAGUGACAGAGUUGUGAAUGGGAAUCAUAUAAUGGCAGAUAUUUUAAGUAUCCCCAAAUAAGGAUCUACUGUGCACACACUUUGAGGUAUAUUUAUCCUUUGUGAUCUGAUGAAGUGGUUCCCGUUUCGUGAGACAACGUAUUGACAGUUCCGGGUGAAUCGAACUGUCUUAAAUGUGUACUUUUUCUAGCAAGUGAAAGAACUGAUAGAAUAGGGACCUAGAAAAUAAAACGCUCCCACACAAUGAUCUAUUAUCGCAGAAUUCCGCGAUUUAUGGAAAAUAAAUGGCGCAGAUCACAAAUCACUAUCACUUCUUCUCAAGGAAGUUAGAAGCUGUUUUUUUUUCAUACUUCUCGUUAGCGUGUUAUAACGAUGUAAUUUACAAUAAUAUAACACUCAACAUUAAUCACUGUGUACAUCUAUUUUUUUUUCUAUUAGUGGGCUGUGAUUUUUAUAAAAUGUUAUUAGUAGAGUGUAAAUAACAUUUGUUUAUUGUAUUUAUCGACAGGAAUUAGCUUUGAAUUAAUACUCAAGAAAUAAAAUUGACUAAAAAGGUUGCUAAGCGACAGCGUACCUCAGAUUUGUCACUGAGCCAUUCUAUUACACAGCGAAAUCAAAAACUUCAAAAAUUACUGAACUUUUUUUAACCAUUUUUAAAAAUGUAAUUAUAUCUGUUGAAACAUUAAAAAACACAGUUUUUUUUACUAUUUCAUAUAAUGUAUACCCUUACCCAAUAAAAUUCAACAAAUUCGGUUCGGACACGUUUGGUUCGCUCAACACGCCAUUGAAUAAUUUUCAUAAUUUUGGUUAGGUUUCGACUGCAUCCAUAUCGCUAGUAGAGAAAUAUGGCUCUGCCUAUACCGAUGAUACAGGAACUUGUGAAGCAACCAUAAAAAGAUGUUUGCGAAGGUCCAUUCAUCGCGAUUUGAGAUUUAAAAUUUCGUUUUUAACCAAUAACCGUGCAGCACUCAAAAACUAACAUUUUCGCUGACAGAUCGUCGACUUGAUGUUUGUACCUCUGUUAUUGACAAAUUCGUUUAUGCUGACAGUACUCUAUUGUUUCA